AUUAACCCCACAAGAAGAAGAAGAAGUACGUCACUAUGACGUUAUGUGUGGGCUAGCUUUAGCAAUGUUAGCCGUUUAACGGUGAUGUAGUCAGUGUUUGAUGAUUUUUUAGGCGUUUUGACGCUGAUCGAUAUUUAUGAGGGGAAUUUAUUAACGCUCUGUGACAUGUCGGUGAAGAGCCCAUCAGAUGUGCUCAAUGAAAAUGCAUACAUCUCAUCCUCCCUGACCCUUGACCUCUGUUUAUCACAUGAAAAAAAGUUAGUUCUGAAUGAUACUUCUGGGUCUCAAAAGAGUCGUCAUAAUUACUCCAGCACAACUUCCAUCCAGCUCCUCAAAGACAUUAUGGGAGGACUAGAUGAUGAUGACGAUGCAUCCCUCCGACACCAAGAAGGUGAAUGGAGCAGAAAUCAGGAAAAUGAACACAGUCUUUCUGAAAGUAAAACCAAGUGGAUGAAGGAUGAUAAGAACCAGAUAUGCAAGUUAGCAGAGCAACAGCAGCAGCAAGACCAGAAUUUAAACUUGGUCGAGAACAAGAAUGAAUCAACAGAGACGAAUCCAAAUCAGAACUCGCAGAGGCACCAUGAAGAGAAGAACAAGACCCUUAACGCGCUCUGCUCUGACCUGAAUGAUUGGGGGGCUGAUGAAUCUGUACUGAUUUACUCUUCUGUCAUGAUGGAGAAGAAUCAGGAAGAAUCAAGAGGUGUGGAUGUUGAAGGAGAGGAAGAGGAAAAUGUAGAUCCUAGUGGAGGCGAGAACAGAGAUUCAUCUGAAAUUCAAAAGAAACGUGCUGAAGGUAGUGGCAGAAAUACUUGUCUGCUGUUCAGCAAGAAUGGCAUUCCUAGUGACGAGGACUCCAGCUGCAUGUCACUGUCACAGGGAAGCACUGCAAGCAGCACCCCGGAUGGUGAACCAGAGUCCUAUUGGGAUGGUAGUGCAUUUGAAACUGACACGGAUCUUCCUGCUGGUUGGAUGCGAGUGCAGGACACAUCGGGCACCUACUAUUGGCACAUUCCUACAGGUACCACACAGUGGGAACCACCGGAGACACUGGAGGAGAGACCAUCAAGUGCUUCACCUGCAGUCACACCCGCUGAUGAGCCUCAGAUUGCAUGGAAUGAUGUUUCACACCAGAACACAUUCAGUGGUGAUGAACUCUGGCAGACGGAGGUUGUAUCUUCUGAUGAAAGUCUGAAGGAGUUUGAGGGAGCAACUCUACGCUAUGCCUCAAUCAAUCUCAGUUUUUCUCAGACUGAGGAGGAAGAGGAACAGACUUGUUUCAGCAGUAUUGAGGGUUCAAAGUGUUUUGCAGUGCGUUCUCUGGGCUGGGUGGAAAUAACAGAAGAGGAAAUGGCUCCUGGCAGGAGUAGUGUUGCUGUUAAUAACUGCAUCCGACAGUUGUCCUACCAGAAACACAAUCUAGAUGACACAGCUGGCAUCUGGGGUGAGGGAAAGGAAAUGUUGCUGGUGCUGGAAAAUGAGAUGCUGAAUCUGUUUGAACCUCAUGGACAAACACUGCUUCACUCACAGCCAAUCGUUAGCAUCCGUGUUUGGGGCGUCGGUCGUGAUGAUGGCAGGGAGAGGGACUUUGCAUAUGUGGCCAGGGACAAGUUAACACAUGUGCUCAAGUGUCAUGUAUUUCGAUGUGACACCCCGGCAAAAAACAUCGCCACAAGCAUGCAUGAGAUCUGCUCUAAGAUUAUGGCUCAGAGGAAGUCAUCAAGCAGACUAAACUCUGACCCCUCAAGACUAAGAGACAUCCCUUUUCAAGAGUUCCCAGUUCCCAAGAAUGAGCUGGUCCAACGAUUCCAAGUGCGAUAUUUGGGUCGUGUGCAAGUGACAAAGCCAGUUGGGAUGGAAGUUAUUAAUGUAGCACUGGAGACUGCCCUGAACAAAGACAAGGAGGAUUGGACACCUGUGACUGUAAACGUGGCCUCUGCUACGCUUACUGUUCUAACAUCUGAGACAGAGGAAGUUCUCUCUGAGUGUCGUGUGCGUUUCCUGUCAUUUAUGGGAGUCGGGAAAGACGUUCACACCUUUGCGUUCAUCAUGGCAGAGGGACCUGGAGACUUUAUAUGUCACAUGUUCUGGUGUGAUCCAAAUGCAGCCAGUCUAAGUGAGGCCGUACAGGCUGCCUGCAUGCUAAGGUAUCAGAAGUGUUUGGAUGCUCGUCCUCCCAUCAGUGGCAGCUCUUGUCUGCCAGGCCCACCUGCCGAUUCUGUGGCACGCAGAGUUGGCUCAAGCGUGAAGAAGGGUGUUCAGAGUCUGCUGGGUAGCUUCAAGAGAUCUGGAUCCCAGACCCCCUAAAAAGGGUAACACUCCCUCAUCGGCGCUCAGUGCAAAUAUGUAUUUCUUCCUUGUGUGUGUUUUAUGGGCCUGAAAGUAGAGGGGUGUUUUAGAAGGUCGUGCUAUUUCAGCGGUCAUCUUGCAGUUAUCACAAAUUGACCAAGAGGACACAAAUUGUUCCUAUAUAUUUCCCUAUUGUACACUACAUUUCCUCCCACAUGUUUGUUAGUAGAUGUACUGUAAAAGUGAUUUGACACCACAUAUGAAUGUAACUUCAGAUUACAGAUUGGCUUUACAAUGUUAUGUGGACUACACUCCCUAAGGACACUAAAUAUUGUGCAUGCUUUCCCAAAACACUAACAUUAGUUUAUAUGCUAUAUGAUGUGCUUAUUUAUUAUUUGUUGUUCUUCCUCUUACUCUGAUUGCCAACUAAUUCUGACUGUUCUUGCAAACUUUGGUUGCUUGUUCAAACGCAACAUACUGAACCAUCAACUGAAAACAAAUCCAGAACUCGUAAUGCGACCCUAAAUUGAAAUUGUUCCCAUAUUGCAUUUUUUUUUUCAGUGGAACACAUUUGUAGUUCAUUCAUGGUCAGUGUAUCUUUUGGUCAUUUGGAUUUUCAUUUUAGGAACAGAUAUUGGAAAAAACAAAAA